AUGUGUCGUAAAUUCUGGAUUAUUUUUUUAUGUUUCUCCACGUCCGACGUAGUUUUUGGACACACAAGAACCAUCCGCAAUCUAUAUGGACAACGAUGUGCAAAUCGUUUGGAGUCGGCUCUGGACACUACACUGCGUCGUAGCCAGCAGCGUUCAGGUUCUAGUUCGAUCAUAGAUUUUUCCGACAACGGACCACCGCACAGACCCACCUUAUUUGAUGCUACAGGACAACGGUCUCCAUUUAGCAACAGCAAUUACAACGAAGAAAUACAACAAAUAGUCUCCGAGUACAAACACAAGCUGGGUAAUCCUUCUGGCAGUGGCGGUUCCUCAUCUCCGUACUUUCAACCAUCCGCCAGUCCCACCAACUCACUGGCUGCCGCACAAGUUGAAGUGGCAAAUUUAAAAGUGAGAAUACCGCAAAACAAUCAUUGGGUUGUAGUCGAUCGGUGUCAAUUCAUCGAACAUAAUCGCACCCUAGACACAAAGCUCGAGUUCCCUGAUCUACAGAUAAGCGGGCGCGUAAUCAUGCAUCCGUCGGGUGGCCGAUGUGAUAUGAUUUUACGACUGCGCCGCGCGGGUAUCGAAUUUCGCACCAUUCCUCUUUUACCGUCGGGCGUUGGUGAACGAAGCCGACAGGCGAAUGUGCGAACGGAUUCACAUUUCUCCGAACCAGGAUUCAUUUCCGUGUUUGCUCAUAGCUGUGAAGGACCUAGCGGUAUAAAGUAUCGAAUCAAUUCGAAACGACGGCACUUUUUCAACCGUCAACCUCCUACAUCAGCUUCGUACUAUGGACGGGAUCGACGGCGGUCGCUUGAUUUCCUCGAUGAUGAUCUGAUCGCCAACGAUGGAAUGAACGAUGUGUUUAAGCUUAAUGACGGUGAUGCCCUGUUCCUAUCGCCUUCUACGUUCGUCAAUAUAGAUGGUGAAAAUAAUCAAGAUGGCCCGAGCGUGCCCAGUCAGGAUCCGAACAGUAGAACAUUCUUUGCGGAAAGAAACCCUUUCUCGUAUUCGGCUUACGGUGGUGGACCCUCAAACAAUUACGCACACGAGCAUGGAAAGCCGGACAACGGAUGGCAAAAUGUUGAGACAAACGAAGCAUUGGAUGAUGCUUACUCGAAUGAAAUUGAUAACCUAUUUUCGAAAGGAGUGCGUGGUCUCCUCACUACCUACAUGCAGAAAGCCCUCCAGCCUGCGAUCAAGGAAACACUAAUGGAAAGCAUGGGAUAUACGCUAUCGUACGGUUAACU